GAUGCUCUUCGGGGGGUGGAGUUUACGAGCGCGUUGUGUGUUCAACAACCAUGCGCUCGGGUUCGAAUACUGUGCUACACGCUUUUCGUUGGGAUCGAUGAUGACGACGAUGACGAUGAUGACGAUGAUGAUUUUAUAUGUUUUAUGCUCUCUCCCCAUCCCAUGCUUGGAUGAGCGGGAGAAUGUUGAAUCGGAAUCGAUGUAGCCAGAGGGUGAGAGUAUGUUGGAAGUUGUUUGCAGGAUAGUAGAUCAGUUUUCAUUGCGCAGUUUUCCAGUUCGGACGUAUUACAAGAGCGUUCUGUGCGCGCGGAUUAUGUGCAACAUAAAGGAAAAAAACUCAAAGUGAUGGUUAGAAUAAAGUUUAAAACAGAAUGAGAUUGCAAAAGACUUUGAUGUUUACAAAACAAACGAGAGUAGAAGUGAUGGAACGAUUACAGUGAGGAAAGCAAAUACAUACAACUGGAGUAAAGCAAUUUAGAGCCCGUGUGGAAUGAAGACUGAGAGAGAGCUAUCAACCCUGAAGAACGAAAUUAGUUUGUGCGAUGUAUUGAGCAAACAUUUAAUCGAGCGAAGUGGAAAGAAGUAAACCGUAGUGCUGGACAGUGAAAUCGAAUUAUAUAUUUAAAUUGAAUUAAACUCUAGUGAACUGUUUGUUUCGAGCGGCGAAUCGUAGAAACCAAUCGUUUGACAUUGUACCAAUUGAAGCUGAUAAAAUGGUGAUAGUGCAAUCAAACAUAAUAACGUCCAACCGUAUCGGUUUGGAGUGGGACAUCAACGAUCCCAAUGUUCCGAUUGUCAGCGAAAUCGACCUGGAUGAGUACAACGAGUGGAGCGAUGGCCAUUGCCGCUACAUCUACCGAUCAAUGGACGAAAUGGCCAAACGCCAUUCUUCCGGUUGGGCUAUGCGGAACACCAACAACCACAAUGUGAGCAUCCUGAAGAAGAGUUGUCUGGGUGUGCUGGUAUGUUCCGCGAGAUGUAUCCUACCAAAUGGGGACAAGAUUCACCUUCGACCCGCCAUUUGUGAUAAGGCUCGUAGAAAACAACAGGGUAAGGCCUGCCCGAAUCGUCUUUGUGUCGGUGGCGUACUGGAGAUUCAACCAUGCAGAGGCCACUGUGGCUACCCUGUGACGCAUUUCUGGCGCCAUACACCCAAUGCUAUAUUUUUCCAAGCCAAAGGGGUUCAUGAUCACCCCCGCCCGGAAUCGAAAUCGUCCGGCGAGACGCGGAAGAUUUUGGGCAUCGGCCGACGGGAACGUGUUCUCAAAGCAAUUCAAUCAAAAGUUUCAAAGAUCACAAAUUCAAAACAAACCAAAAAGAUUACUAAGCAAAUUCUGGAUGCAGGGAAAACACCGCCAAGCAGCAAUUUGAACCGAUUGAGCUCUGGAUCCGCCUACAGUCUGCCAUUCCCAGCAAAUUACAAGUCGAGCAAUCAAUGCGACUAUGCUACAAAUCCAGGCAACCAAUCAAAUGCUCAUCAAAGUACUCAAGACUUUAAUCAAACGUACUAUUACGAUAACGCUAGUUUCAUUCACCCGGAGGAGAUUUUCCAGCUAGAUCAACCCAUUCGACCAAUCAACAAGUACCCGAGUAGCUCGACCACGAGUCUCCACACCCUCGGCAGCUCCCCGCCCACCGUUUUAGACAUGGAGAGUGGCAAUAUCUACAAGAACACGCUUACCAACGCUAGCUAUGGCGUACGUUACUUCGACUGCAUCAAAUACGAGACGAGUAGCAACGACACGGAUACUGCUAGCCUCACCAGCGGUUCUAGUGUGUUCGACGACUUCUCCUACUACUCAAGCCCCCAAAUUGAUUAUAACAACGUAAGUGCAGCAACAAAUAACAACAAUAAUUGCAACCUCCCCGACAUGAACAAGAUGAACUUGCGUCUGUGCGACGAUAUCAAUUCGUUUUUUAUUGGGCAACCAAGUUGCGUGACGCAAAGUAAGCAACAGCAGCAGCAGCUCCCGGAUGGCGGCGGUUCAGCCGAGACCAAUCAGCUCAACGGGUACUGCUACGAAAAUUACAGCAAUUCAGCGUCGCCGAAUGCGGCGUCGAUAGCGAUGCUACCGUAUGGCGGCGAUGGCUACGGCAACGAAGGUUCCAGCGGAGAUGCCCUCGUUCCGAAUGCCACCACCGCAGGUCUGUCAGAGCAGACGGCGGCUCUCGGCGUCGAUGGGUGGUGGAAUGGCAGUGCCGGUAAUUACGCGCCGUCGACACAUCCUACACAACCCGGCUGGAAUCAGAUCGAUACCGUCGCUAACGGUAGUCAACAGCAGCAGCAACACCACUACUAUCUGAUGGAGCAAACUGACUAUUUGAGCAAAAUGGAAGGUGGAGAAUGUGUAAUGUGAGGGUGAUUAAGACUUGACAAAUCGUUGUUGAAUUAAGACAAGGAAUUAAAGAGGAUUGUUAGCAAUGUUGAGUUUAUUGCCGGAGGGGCGGCGGUAAGCGAGUGGUUCUAGUGUGCUCAUUUACAGCUAAUUAAACCAUUGGAACUUAUUGACGCACUCAUUAAGUUUCGUCGAAGAUUAAUCAAAUGUACCAGUGUAGCAAGACUUACUUUUUUAUUUCAAAACUAUAUUAAGAUAUUAUUUUUGUCUCGUCUCUCUGUACUGAAUUUAGUUGUAAGUACCAUUAAUAGUGAGAAUGUUUUCAUAUGUAAGUAGAGGUUAUGAUGCACGUGUUUUGUUAAAACAAUUCUAGUCAUAUGUAUUUUAAUAGUGAAUAAAACGUCUCAAACUAAUACAAAAUGUGAGUUGUGGAAAGAAAUGCUUCAUUCUACCGUCGUGCUAUGUUCUGCUAGGAGCAAUUCCUGGCGAAAAACCUAGCUGACAAUAAUGAUUGAGAAACCCCAGCAAGAAUU